GUUAUGUUAACACUGGCAGACCCGAACGAAUACCGUCUGGUGCGAGACUUGAUGAAGGGCUACGACAAGAGGAUAAGACCCUCACUCAACCACACGGACGCCCUUAACGUGACCUUUGGCCUGGCACUUGUGCAAAUCAUCGACGUGGUGAGUGUCGUGAUGCUGUAUCCGUUUUACGUCAAUCUGUAUUCUGUUUAACUCUGUCCCAAACGUUAGGAUUUUCUUGUGUUCUUUUUUUUUUUAAUGUUUUAUUAUGUAUAUAUUUUUGAUAUUUAUGUUUUUGUCUGUUUAUUUUUAACUCCUUCUCUUGGUCUCUUUUUCCCAGUCUUGUUGUCUGCCAAUUGUUUACAUGCAAAUCGAGUUUUUUUUUAAAGACUCGAUUUGUUCUUCUCUUAAAACUUAUUGUCUUAAAACGAAUUUUCCCCAACGUAUCUCUUUUAAUAAAAGAUAAAUAGGGCUAUUAAUGUUUCCUUAACAAAAUGUCUAGGUAAGCCACCGCCGCACUGGCAUUAAUUCAUUAUCCCGUUUUUAGUUUAAAGAUGGUAGAUAUAAAGAUAGAUCUAGUCGUCAAAGGAUACAAAGGGAAUUAAGCAUGUCAUGUUACGUCAUAGUUUUCGUCACAAACUUCAUCCUUUCCUUUACUAUAAAACCAACGCAAUCUCUGUUGAACUGAUCCCUUGCAUAAUCACUUUGCCAAAACUCGGGGGAUGAACUUCCGAAUUUUAAUCAAUGGUAAUAUUUCCUGUAUCACUCAGAUACUGUGUCGAUAAUGAAACUCUGUGUCUUUCAGCAAAUGAAUACUUUGUGAUACCUUUUUAUUUACCACAUUUUUAAAUUCAUUCAAAAUAAGAGGAGAUUUAACUGGGAAAAAUACAACCCAAGUUGUUCGUUUUGUAAAACAGGCCUGUCACUUGCCGAGAUUCAAACCAUUUCAAAGUAAUGAGUGAUAAAGUGAAGAACUUUAUUUAGGCCAUUCCUGUGUCCAGAAUGUUACCCUCGUAUAGUGUGAAAUAUAGAUUGAAGAUUCGAAUUUAUGUUUUAUACAUCCUACAACGAAUAGAGUUGAAUAAAGUUGCGCAAGAAAUCGAUGAAGAUUUGGGAGGGGGGGUAUAAAAUAAUAUAGGAUAUAAGGAAGGGGUGCACGGGGGAAGGAUGGGGGCCGUAAUUUCAUAUCUACUCAGGGCAAACAGAUAAAAGCCCUCUCCAAAUAGUGAUGGGAUAGCUUCUCCCGUCAUGCCUAGUGCAGGCCAACUGAAGCAGGGAAAAUCUAGCCAACCUUGCUAAAUUUAAAUCUUGUAGUUUAUCACUACUUUAGACACUUGUAAUCUUUUUGUUCAUCACUACUUUAGACACUUGUAAUCUUUUUGUUCAUCACUACUUUAGACACUUGUAAUUUUUUUGUUCAUCGCUACUUUAGACACUUGUAAUCUUUUUGUUUAUCACUACUUUAGACACUUGUAAUCUUUUUGUUCAUCACUACUUUAGACACUUGUAAUCUUUUUGUUCAUCACUACUUUAGACACUUGUAAUUUUUUUGUUCAUCACUACUUUAGACACUUGUAAUCUUUUUGUUCAUCACUACUUUAGACACUUGUAAUCUUUUUUUUCAUCGCUACUUUAGACACUUGUAAUCUUUUUGUUCAUCACUACUUUAGACACUUGUAAUUUUUUGUUCAUCGCUACUUUAGACACUUGUAAUCUUUUUUUUCAUCACUACUUUAGACACUUGUAAUCUUUUUGUUCAUCACUACUUUAGACACUUGUAAUCUUUUUUUUCAUCGCUACUUUAGACACUUGUAAUCUUUUUGUUCAUCACUACUUUAGACACUUGUAAUUUUUUGUUCAUCGCUACUUUAGACACUUGUAAUCUUUUUUUUCAUCACUACUUUAGACACUUGUAAUCUUUUUGUUCAUCACUACUUUAGACACUUGUAAUCUUUUUUUUCAUCGCUACUUUAGACACUUGUAAUCUUUUUGUUCAUCACUACUUUAGACACUUGUAAUCUUUUUGUUCAUCGCUACUUUAGACACUUGUAAUCUUUUUGUUCAUCACUACUUUAGACACUUGUAAUCUUUUUGUUCAUCGCUACUUUAGACACUUGUAAUCUUUUUGUUCAUCACUACUUUAGACACUUGUAAUCUUUUUGUUCAUCACUACUUUAGACACUUGUAAUCUUUUUGUUCAUCGCUACUUUAGACACUUGUAAUCUUUUUGUUCAUUCUCUAGGGACUUAUUCUCUUGUGUAAUUCAUCGCUACUUUAGAGACUUAUUCUCUUGUAAUUCAUCGCUCCUUUAAAGAUUUUUUUCUCCUGUAGUUGAUCACUAAUUUAGAGACGCUAAUAAUUAUAUAGCUUUGUAUUGAUCAAAAUUGUAAUGAAUAUUGGUUGAAACUAUAUAGUGUAAAUACAAAUAUGAAUUCUCAGCAAUUACGCGGAAAAUAUCCCAAACAGAUCAAAUUUAUAGCAUACCAUCUUUUACUAAAUAAUAAAAUUAUGCGGGGCAGUCUUCCUUAGACAGGAAUAGUAUACACACGUCAUACGCAGCAAUGAAAUAUAAAUAUGCAAUUACUUAAAUGAAUCAUAUUUUUUUUAAAAAUAAUAAUAUGCAUUGCUGUCGCUGAGUAUAAUAUUUUUUUUCUCUAAAAAGUGGUAUUCGAAAAUUUACAACACUUUCAAAAGAAAUGGAAACUUAUUCUUCAGUGCAGCGGUAACGUUUGAUUUCAACUGGUUUUGAAAUUAAGUAAAUGUUCCGCUUAAAAAAAAAAGCUGUUGGUUGGCUCUUGUUCCCCGUACCACGCCCAAGAUCUACGUCCCUGUUUCAACAUCCCUACAUUCAAACAAGUCUACUACAACAUCAAGAGACGUGACUAGGGUCGUGGAACUAAGGUGUUUGUUCAGGUCUGUUACUCAACCAGGUUUAUGUUUCCUCUGUCCGUGACCUCCGGGCACCGAGAGUGCUGAUUGCUAUUCACAAUUCCAUCUACUCUUAUGCGUAUGUCAAGACAACACACAUAAUCAUCGCUGAGAAAUGCAUUGUUACUGGGGGCCAUGUAUUCAUGAGAAUGAAGAUCAAAGGCGCUUAAUGUGGGAAGAAGACAUGUUUUCGUUCCGUAUUGGUAUUAUUUUUUCAUAAGCGAUAUUUUAAUCUUCAGAAGUCGCGAAAGGGAAGCCAUUUUAUUGGGUUUUAAGAAUGUCAUUUGUAGUGAUGAAGUGUUAGACCAUACGAUGUAGUGAUGAAGUGUUAGACCAUACGAUGUAGUGAUGAAGUGUUAGACCAUACGAUGUAGUGAUGAAGUGUUAGACCAUACGAUGUAGUGAUGAAGUGUUAGACCAUACGAUGUAGUGAUAAAGUGUUAGACCAUACGAUGUAGUGAUAAAGUGUUAGACCAUACGAUGUAGUGAUAAAGUGUUAGACCAUACGAUGUAGUGAUAAAGUGUUAGACCAUACGAUGUAUUCCUCAUUAGUGAGCUUUUUUUUCUAUAAUAAAUGAGAAUAGAAACAUUAGUGGGUUUUUUUUGUUAGUACAACACCGCUUCACCAAACUUUCUUUACAAACUUUAUUUUGUCUUAUUCCUGGUCCUUCACUUACCGUUCUAACAAAUCGUGUUUUUGUCCCCAAACAGUGUUGAACUGAGUUGAACGCAUGUCUCUUAUUUAGAGAUGAUCUAUCACUUCUUUGGUAACUUUGUUCAACAAAGGAAAGUUUCUUUUAUUUCACCAUUGUAUGUUGGCUUUAUUUAACAGUUGUAUGUUGGCUUUAUUUAAGAAAUGGUAUGUUUGCUUCAUUUAACCAUUGUAUGUUGUCUUAAUUUAACCAGUGUAUAUUUUUUUAAAUUUAAUUAUGGUUUAUUUAUGGUUUGGUUUAUUUCAGGACGAAAAGAAUCAGAUCUUGACAACAAACGGUUGGUUAAAUCAGGUGAGAUCAUCAUUUGUAUCACUAGUGUUUCACGUAUGUCCCGCUAUUUUAACACCCACUUGUCAUGUAUCAUUAGUGCCUUCAUUUAUUUCCCGCUAUUAUAACGCCCACAUGUCAUGCAUUAGUAAUGAUAUCAACAUUUAAUAUUUAACAAAAAUGUCAAAGCAAUCACGUCAUCUCCCUAACAAUAGAGGGAAAAUAAGUUUAAACAAGUGGCUUAACCGGGAGUAGUUGUUUUUUUUACAAAUGAUCCGGGUAUCUCGAGGUAGGACUUUCGUUUUAAGGCCGGUAGGUAGUGUGUAGGACUGUCUGUGGUCCUAUUGAGUCCUACACCCAACCUGCCGGCCUGCAAACUAUAAGCCUACAUGCCGUCAUAUAUCCUACCUGCCAGCCUUUAAAAAAUAGGGCUACAGACAGUCCUACACCAUAUAUGUGACUUUUAAAAAAUUAAAAUAACAGACGCCUUCCCCUAAAGAAAUAUAUCUAACUUUUGACCUGAGUUCAACCGCCACGCACGACACGCUCUGCGUGACAGCUUUUUUUCAAAUAUGUUGUGCAACGGGGAGGGGGGUGAAAAGGAAGCAGGACACACCAGAAGCAAAGUAAUAUAUAAGAAAUGACACUCCUUUAUUUAUGCUGAGACGAAACCCCAAUGGGCCGUCAUCUCUAAAACUUAACCGUCUGUCGUGAGAUUCAUUUUCUUGAAGUCAAAAACUGUCCACUUGCAAUUGCUUUUUGCUAUUGAGUUUCUGGAGACUUGUGAAUCAGUGACUAGCGUUUAUAGUGCAUUAGUGAAUAGAAUCCAUUACUGUGUUACUAAAAGGAAACCAUUUAAUUUGUGUAACAGGGUGUAUCAUUAAAAAGAGACCAUUGGAGUACUAGAGAAUAGAGUUUAUGGGUGAAAAUAAGAAAAUCUUGUGUAUAAUCAGUUAAUAAAAAACAAAACUAACCAGAUAGUGUUAAUAGAAGGUCCAAAGGCUCAAUACCCCAGAUAGUGUGGGUGGAAGGGCCAACUACCACAAAAAGUGUAAGAACUACAUACCUCAGAUAGUGUGAGUAGAAGGGCCAAGAACUAUAUACCUCAGAUAGUGUGAGUAGAAGGUUCAAGAACUAACUAUCCCAGAUAGUAUGAGUAGAAGUUUCAAGCACUAUCUACCCAGAUAUUGUGAGUAGAAGGUUCAAGAACUAACUAUCCCAGAUAGUGUGAGUAGAAUGUUCAAGCACUAUCUACCCAGAUAUUGUGAGUAGAAGGUUCAAGAACUAACUAUCCCAGAUAGUAUGAGUAGAUGGGGCCAAGAACUAUAUACCUCAGAUAGUGUGAGUAGAAGGUUCAAGAACUAACUAUCCCAGAUAGUAUGAGUAGAAGUUUCAAGCACUAUCUACCCAGAUAUUGUGAGUAGAAGGUUCAAGAACUAACUAUCCCAGAUAGUGUGAGUAGAAGGUUCAAGCACUAUCUACCCAGAUAUUGUGAGUAGAAGGUUCAAGAACUAACUAUCCCAGAUAGUAUGAGUAGAUGGGGCCAAGAACUAUAUACCUCAGAUAGUGUGAGUAGAAGGGCCAAGAACUAUAUACCUCAGAUAGUGUGAGUAGAAGGGCCAAGGACUAACUACCCAAUAUAUUGUGAGUAGAAGGGCCAAGAACUAACUACCCCAGAUAGUGUCAGUAGAAGGGCCAAGGACUAGGCGACUCGCAGAUAUUUGCGAAGAUCACAGAAUUCCUUCACCGCGUAUCUCGUCACGGAGUGGAGUGUUUGUGUCAAUAUUUUGGUAAUCUGACGGCCGCGCGACUAGAUCAACGAUGCCGUGUUUUGCUGUUUGAAGUGUGUUGUUAGUGUCUGAACAAGUACAUGAGACAGCAGGAUCUAGAACAUCACUGAACCGUCGUGGAACGUUUGAAUGUUUUGUCUUGGCUGCAUAGAAAGAUCGAAACAAUCAUCUCCUCAAUGUUACUGUAAAUAACGUGUCCCGCUAUAGAUGAUCGUUUCAAAACCACUCGCAUAUGAGGACCAUUUCAUAUUUGUAUAUCCAACGGGGCGAAACGGUAACUACACUUUCGGAACCUGAAGAUUUCUAAAAAAUAACAAAAAAUCAUAUGUUAAAUGUAAUUUUAUUAUAUGUUCAUCUGAUACAAUACUCACCUUUAUACGGUUACCAAAGAAAUGGAUAAUUACAUUUUCAUUUGUUAUUCCCGUCUAAGCUACUUUGGAAAGAAAAAUAGGAAAUCCAAUCCUUGGUUCGUAAGGUCAAUGUCAUGGGAACUAUUCCUUUGGCUUUUCCUAGGGUACCCGGAUGGUUUGCCACCAGGGCGUAACAUCCUGGGGGAGCUACCUGGAGGUCCCUCACCUCUGUAAAAAAACGGGAGGGUCCCACAAUAUGGAGCUCCCGGGGAGUCAUGUGAGUUUAGGCUCGGGUCGUCGACGUCAUUCCAACUGUAACAUUUUCAGUAAAGAGACAGUUACGGAGUUAGUUAUAGAGUAGGGAAUAGAGUUCGUUAUAGAGUUAGUUAUAAAGUUAGUUAUAGAGUUAGUUAUAGAUUUAGUUACAGAGUUAGUUAUCGAGUGUUAGUUAUAGACUCAGUUAUAAAGUUAGUUAUAGAAUUAGUUAUAGAGUUAGUUAUAGAGUUAGUUAUCGAGUGUAAGUUAUAGAGUUAGUUAUAAAGUUAGUUAUAGAGUUAGUUAUCGAGUGUUAGUUAUAGAGUUAGUUAUAAAGUUAGUUAUAGAGUUAGUUAUCGAGUGUUAGUUAUAGAGUUAGUUAUAAAGUUAUUAUAGAGUUAGUUAUCAAGUGUUAGUUAUAGAGUUAGUUAUUAAGUUAUUUAUAGAGUUAGUUAUCAAGUGUUAGUUAUAGAGUUAGUUAUAAAGUUAGUUAUAGAGUUAGUUAUCGAGUGUUAGUUAUAGAGUUAGUUAUAAAGUUAUUUAUAGAGUUAGUUAUCAAGUGUUAGUUAUAGAGUUAGUUAUAGAGUUAGUAACAGAGUUAGUUAUCGAGUGUUAGUUAUAGAGUUAGUUAUAAAGUUAGUUAUAGAGUUAGUUAUCGAGUGUUAGUUAUAGAGUUAGUUAUAGAGUUAGUUACAGAGUUAGUUAUCGAGUGAUAGUUAUAGAGUUAGUUAUAAAGUUAGUUAUAGAUUAAGUAAUCGAGUUAGUUAUAGAGUUAGUUAUAGAGUUACUUACAGAGUUAGUAAUCGAGUUAGUUAUAGAGUUAGUUACAGAGUUAGUUAUCGAGUGUUGGUUAUAGAGUUAGUUAUAAAGUUAGUUAUAGAGUUAGUAAUCGAGUUAGUUAUAGAGUUAGUUAUAGAGUUAGUUACAGAGUUAGUAAUCGAGUUAGUUAUAGAGUUAGUUACAGAGUUAGUUAUCGAGUGUUAGUUAUAGAGUUAGUUAUAAAGUUAGCUACAGAGUUAGUUAUCGAGUGUUAGUUAUAGAGUUAGUUAUCGAGUUAGUUAUAGAGUUAGUUAUCGAGUUAGUUAUAGAGUUAGUUAUAGAGUUAGUUACAGAGUUAGUUAUCGAGUGUUAGUUAUAUAGUUAGUUAUCGAGUUAGUUAUAGAGUUAGUUAUCGAGUUAGUUAUAGAGUUAGUUACAGAGUUAGUUAUAGAGUUAGUUAUAGAGUUAGUUACAGAGUUAGUUAUCGAGUGUUAGUUAUAGUGUUGGUAAUAUAGUUAGUUAUAGAGUCAGUUAUAAAGUUAGUUAUAGAGUUAGUUAUAGAGUUAGUUCUAGAGUUAGUUCUAGAGUUAGUUACACAGUUAGUUAUCGAGUUAGUUAUAGAGUUACUUACCGAGGUUGUAAUAGAGUUAGUUAUAGAGUUAAAUAAAAAGUUAGUUACAGAGUAGGUUAUCGAGCUAGUUAUAUAGUUAGUUACAGAGUUAGUUAUAGAGUUAGUUAUAGAGUUGAUAAUAGAGUUAAUUAUUUAUUUAGUUACAGAGUUAGUUAUAGAAUUGUUAAUAGAGUUAAUUAUAGAUUAAGUUACAGAUUUAGUUAUAGAGUUAGUAAUAGAUUUAGUUCAAGAUUGCGUUAAUUAUAAAGCUAGUUAAAUAUUUAGUUAUGGAGUUAUAGAGACAUAUAUAUAAUUAGUCAUAGAGUUAGUAAAAAACUUAGUUAUAGAUUUAGUUAAAAAGUUAGUUAUAGAAGUUGUUAAAGAGUUAGUUAUAGAGUUUGUUAUAAAGUUAGUUAUAGAGACAGAGAUAGCAACAGCAAGCGUUCAAAAAUAAAACAUGGAAUGAGUAGGUAUACAGUUAACCAUAUUUUAUUUUUUAAUAAGAAAUCGGAUAUAGGCAAAAUAUUUCCACUUUAAAUGGCAUUGCUCGAGUUUUUAAAUACGUUAUAUCAACUUCGCUUUUUGUGUGCGUGAUUCUUUCUGGCCUGGUGUGUGGAAAAAUCUUUGGACGGCUUAUUGACCUUCUUCCCGUCAACCUAUCGAACUGAUGAAACUUGUCACAUAGACUCAUUGCCUAUGAUUGAUCAAAUUUCCGUUGCUAACUUUUCCAUCGACGAAAUUUCUUUCCAACAAAUUUCCGGUAACCCUACUGGGUGGCCUACACUUUCACUCUAAAAAUGUGUCUCAAUGGGAAGGGGGAGAAAAUAUGAUGUCACUGAUUUCACGACAUAAAUUCCCGAUAACUGCGCUUCAUGAGAUUCAUAAAUUUGCGCCUGCGUUUGGUGUGUAAUAUUUUUUUAAUUUUUUUUUCUGAAAGUGUUGGUGAAAUAAAUCUGCCUUGUAAAAGCGGUUGGGACAUUAGAGUAAUUAUAUAAAAAUAAAAUAACAAACAAUGCAUAUAAAGGAUGCACACGAAAGACUUUGUUGUGAUGAGUUGUUUAAUACAGCUUGAAAUCAGCACCGACUUUUCUAAAGUGAAUAAAUAAAUGACAACUCGGUUAGAGCGUUGUCAGUCUUUCAUUGCCGAUCGUUGUGUCAACAGGAUCAAUCUAACACACUGUUAGGACGAAAGCUUUCCCCCAUGGACAUUCAUAUAAACUCUGAAAGAAAGGAAUACUUAUUUGGACAUUCAUAUAAAGUCUGAAAGAAAGGAAUACGUAUUUGGACUUUCAUAUAAACUCUGAAAGAAAGGAAUACGUAUUUGGACAUUCAUAUAAAGUCUGAAAGAAAGGAAUACGUAUUUGGACUUUCAUAUAAACUCUGAAAGAAAGGAAUACUUAUUUGGACAUUCAUAUAAACUCUGAAAGAAAGGAAUACUUAUUUGGACAUUCAUAUAAACUCUGAAAGAAAGGAAUACGUAUUUGGACAUUCAUAUAAUGUCUGAAAGAAAGGAAUACGUAUUUGGACUUUCAUAUAAACUCUGAAAGAAAGGAAUACUUAUUUGGACAUUCAUAUAAACUCUGAAAGAAAGGAAUACUUAUUUGGACAUUCAUAUAUACUCUGAAAGAAAGGAAUACUUAUUUGGGCAUUCAUAUAUACUCUGAAAGAAAGGAAUACUUAUUUGGGCAUUCAUAUAUACUCUGAAAGAAAGGAAUACUUAUUUGGACAUUCAUAUAUCCUCUGAAAGAAAGGAAUACUUAUUUGGACAUUCAUAUAAACUCUGAAAGAAAGGAAUGCUUAUUUGGACAUUCAUAUAAACUCUGAAAGAAAGGAAUACUUAUUAUUUUCUUUCCUCACUAAAUAAAAAAAAAAUUAUAUUGAAAUGUAGGGGGUUAUGAAAAUGUAGGCCACUACCCAAAGGAGUUUCUGUUUUAAUUAAGACAUUUAAAUUUUGAACACUUAAAAAAAGAAACGUAUGAUUAAUUAUUUCAAACGCCCACUAACACAUGACCGGAAAACUGGCUCUUUCGAUUUGAUGCAAUGGACCAAAAGAAAUGUAUGGUGUUUUUAUGACAUGAAUGAGACACUAAUCACCUUUUAAACACUCAGUAACCUCAACGUUGUACUAAGUGGAUUCUUUAAAGCUCGUACCUGACAAUCCUGACGAUGUAUGUCUACUAAUCAACAACUUCUCAACGAUGUAUGUCUACUAAUCAACAACUUCUCAACGAUGUAUGUCUACUAAUCAACAACUUCUCAACAAUGUAUGUCUACUAAUCAACAACUUCUCAACGAUGUAUGUCUACUAAUCAACAACUUCUCAACAAUGUAUGUCUACUAAUCAACAACUUCUCAACGAUGUAUGUCUACUAAUCAACAACUUCUCAACAAUGUAUGCCUACUAAUCAACAACUUCUCAACGAUGUAUGUCUACUAAUCAACAACUUCUCAACAAUGUAUGUCUACUAAUCAACAACUUCUCAACGAUGUAUGUCUACUAAUCAACAACUUCUCAACGAUGUAUGUCUACUAAUCAACAACUUCUCAACGAUGUAUGUCUACUAAUCAACAACUUCUCAACAUGUAUGUCUACUAAUCAACAACUUCUCAACGAUGUAUGUCUACUAAUCAACAACUUCUCAACGAUGUAUGUCUACUAAUCAACAACUUCUCAACGAUGUAUGUCUACUAAUCAACAACUUCUCAACAAGGAAGGCGUUGCGUGAUGAAGAUUUGCCUACAUUAGAAAACUUGCGGAGUGUGAAAGGAGUUAAUUUCAAAAUGAAAUGAUGCAUGGCAAGCGGAAAUGCUGGAAGACGAGAGGAUGGAUGGACAACGAGAGGAGGGAAAAGACAACGAUUGGGGGAGUGGACAAGGAGAGGAGGUAAAGACAACGAGAUGAGGAGUGGACAAGGAGAGGAGGGAAAGACAACGAGAGGAGGGAAAGACAACGAGGGGAGGGAAAGACACUGAGAGGGUGGAAAGGAAAUUUUUUUAUAAAAAAAAUGCUAUUCCUGCUUGGCGCGGGAAGAACCUGAUUGCCCAUAGAAAAUAUCGAUUCUGGAAUUACUUGAAAGAGAAUGGAUUAAAUACGGCUAGACCGAUGGAAAGAAAUAUCUCAACGUGGAAAUAUAAGCCAAGCCACCAAUGAGAAUUCCGGUGCUCAAACUUAUUUAUUCGAAGGGUGGCUGGUGAAAUGAAGUGUCAACUUUCUUAAAUUAAUGCUAAAUUUUAGGACGAGCUUUAAGCACACCAAAAAAAAAAUUACAUUUUUAGAUGAUCGCUUUUUCUUUUUUGGUCCUUUCCUCCAAUUUUCUUUUUCAAGUUUGGUCUAGAUUGACAUCUUAGAAGGACAUUUCAGCCCCGGAAAAACGCAGGCGGCCUUGAACUCUAUAAUAAAUGAUUAAAAAGUGUAACAGAAUAAAUGUUUCAUGAACUUUAUAUUCUAAUUUGUGUGUUCAUUUUGUCACAUUUUUUAAAAAUUUCUUAUUGUGCGUAGAUAUAUUUGUAAAACUGGACAGACGAAUGCAAUGCUUUAAUUUCCGCCGCGAUGAUUUACUGCAGAAGUUUGAUGAUUGAUAUCUUCCAAGUUUCUUGUGUGCCAUUAAUUCACCCGACGUUACUGACUCUAAAAACGCGACCAUUGUUUUUCUCCCAGAAACAAAACACAAAGACUGGGAAGAGAAUAGACCCGAGUAUGAUGGGUGACAGUUUUCGGACAUUCGAUUACGAUUGAACUAAUGUUUAAGGAAUUUAGAAGUGUUUUAGUCCUGUUGUUGUUUCUAUAACUCUUUCUAUUAUUGCUUUCAUCUACACUACCUUAUUCUUGCCUAAAAUUAGAUUUAUGGCAGGACAAGUUUAUAUGUACUGACCACAUCGAGCUCAGACUGUGACCACGCCGAGAGACGAGACCACGCCGAGAGACGAGACCUGACCACGCCGAGAGACGAGACCGAUACAAACUGACUUAACGAUUCAAAUGUAAAUGUGAUUUUAAUUGGUCCUCUUACUUGUGUUUCUUUUGCGCCGCAGAUUUGGACAGAUUACAACCUGCGCUGGGACCCAGCUAAGUACGGAGGGAUAAAGGUCCUGAGGUUGCCAUUCGAUGAGAUCUGGAAACCAGAUAUAUUGUUACACAACAAGUAAGUAACCUUGGUGUUGUUACAAUAGUGGAAAAUCGUCAAGAAUUAAAAAAAAAAAAAUAUUUGUUCUUUUUCUUGCUUGUGUGAUGACCUGAUGUAAAUGUGUAACCUUUGAAACUUUUUAGACUCCACCGAACACAUCAUUUCUUAUGAUUUGUAGUUGUAUAGAUACAAACUUCUUUUUCGAACAAUAUUUUAAAACAUACAUUUUGAGCUAUCACUCAACAGUUGACAAAUACAAUUAUGCAGGAAAUGUUUCUUUAUAAUGAAUAUUCUUUAAUUACUGAAAUAUAUGAUGAAUCCAUGCAUCGUGAUUUAUUGUUUUCUUUUAGCCACUAACUUCUUGCCAUAUAAUAUCCUAGUGAAGCAUAAAAUAGAAUAUAAUGAGUGGGUGGACAACCAGUGUACAAGAAUUAUGAAUGUUCUUAUUUUUUUAAAUUCUUGGAUGAUUUAAAAAAAAUGUUUUCUGAAAACAUUGAACGCGCUGAUGCAUAUCCCUCUAGUAACUCUCCUGAAUGACAUAUGGCAUCAGUGAUUGCAUUAGAGUACUAUGACAUGUGAUGUCUCUGGCGGCGUUAGAAUGCAAUGACAUGUGACAUCACUAAUGGUGUUAGAGUAUAAUGACAUGUGACAUCACUGAUGGCAUUAGAGUACAAUGGCAUGUGACAUCACUGAUGGCAAUAAAGUACAAUGCCAUGUGACAUAACUGAUGGCAUUAAAGUACAAUGGCAUGUGACAUCACUGAUGACAUUUGUGUACAAUGACAUGUGACAUCACCGAUGGCAUUAGAGCACAAUCACUAACUCACUUUACCCAAACCCUUAUUGCCGGAAUCACGUGACAACUGGAAAAGUGCCCGCAAUUCUCCAUGUUUCAGACCAGUAAUGACCAAUGUUACGCGAUCAACGCCAGCAUGAUUGACAUUUGACGGAAAUACAAGUUCCAUUCUAUUGGGUCCCAAUCAAGCUGUUGGGGAAUUCGUUUUAGGUUCUAUACAGCUCACGUUAUUUUGGACAUUGCAAUAAACUCAUAUCAUUGGUACUCGAUAUUUUAAAUACUACUCCAAGCUGGUCAUCUCUGGAACUGCACUUCGCUGGUUUACUUCUUAUCUGACUGACAGGACAGCGUAUUGUAGUGAAUCAAGCAUCUUCCAUGGACACUUCCUUACCUGCCACUGGGCUCAGUUUUGGGACCUAUUCUGUUCUCCAUGUACACUAACUAGCUUGACAGAAAUAUUGAAAGUCAUGGUACAUGCUGCUAAUUUUUUUACGGAUGAGACAGAUCUGUAAAAUUGUUUCCGCCCUGAUCCUUUGGACUGUGCUUUUGCUGUUCAGGCUGUCGAGGACUGCUGUCCUGUGGUGAAAUCAUAGAUGGCAUCAAACAGACUUAAAUUAAAUGAUGAUUAGACCAAGGCAAUUAAUUAUGGUUCUGAAACCAAUCUUCGGAAGGUUGCUAUCACAUCAAAUAAAAGUUGGUGCUUCUGAGAUCCCUUUGUCCAACAGGGCUAGAUACCUUGGCUUCUACAUUGACAGUAAACUUGCAAGGAUACCUCAUAUCUGUUUUGUGGCCAGGGCUUGUUUCUGUCAUCCACGCGCCCUGGGUCAGCUGCGUCCUCAAACUUAAUAAAAGAACAGCCAAUGCCGUAGCAGUCACUCUAAUAAAAGUAGUCAAUCAAUCAAUCAAUCAACCAAUCAAUUCAAACAUGGCGUUUUAGAUUCUUAAAAAAGAUAAUUGGCAAGUUCAGAAACCGGUAGAGAAAUAUUUCAGAGACGUUUCCUAAUUUGAGAUUUAUGCAAUCUUUCCAACACUGUUAAAUUAUGGCAUGGUUUAGAGAAGGGUGACAGGGAUGAAACCAUCGAUGAAUCUUGAUAGUUUCUUUUACUUUAAAGAAAUGAUCGUGUGGGUAAAGCUAGAAAACUAUUUAAAGAAAUGAUCUGGUGGGUAAAGCUAGAAAACUAUUUAAAGAAAUGAUCUGGUGGGUAAAGCUAGAAAACUAUUUAAAGAAAUGAUCUGGUGGGUAAAGCUAGAAAACUAUUUAAAGAAAUGAUCUGGUGGGUAAAGCUAGAAAACUAUUUAAAGAAAUGAUCUGGUGGGUAAAGCUAGAAAACUAUUUAAACAAUUAUUCAGGAAGCCUCUAAGCCGAAACGUUAUUAUCUUUUCCCCUGUGUUUUGAUUCAAUCUUCCACACACCUUGUUCUAGUAUUUUUAAACAAACAACAGCUUUCAACAAAAACAUUAAAGAUAAAUCAUUCAGUCGUAAUUCAUAGAUCGCUUUGUAUUUGAUUGCGCUUUAAGUUGCAAAUUUAUUUCAAAACCCUCUUCCAAACACUUAAGAUUCAAAUAGAUCUAAAUGCUUUCCCACUUCGAGAAACCCCUCGAAAAAAAAAAAUCGUCCCCAAAUUUAAACUGACCAACUUGUUUUGGGUGGGGUUUUUUCCCAUUUAUUUUCGUGGUUGCUUGGAGUUAAGUUUCCUGUCCAUUGUGAUCAUUAAGAGUACUCGGCACUUUAAGGAAGGUCUCCUUCAGUGGAGCCAUCGAUUAAUAAGAUUAGCUUCACGGCCAAUAGGGGCUGACAUGGACUGGGGAGGAAGAUGUUUCAGCUACAACCAAAGUGAGCCGACUCGGGUUAGAGUGUGGACCACACUUUACCCCCGUUGUUGCUCUGCAAUGAAGAUUUGUAAAGGAUUUAUCCCGAGAGCCCUAAAACCCCAUUAGGGUGGUGUUAUUAUAGGAACAGGUCUUAUGGGCUCGCAGAUUAUGUCUGUAUCUGUAAACUAAAGGUCAGUGACUCUUUUGAUGAGACCAUUUAGUUUAGGUCAAGCCUCAACUUCAUGUGUUCUUACAGAAAUGUUGGACAUGUAUCCGAUUUAUUGAAAUUAUUUUUUUCCCUAAUUAUUGAUGUUGAUGUCAAGAAAGGUGGGGAAAAUUCGAUGAAUUCAAUAGUAAACGUUAGCAAUGAAAAAAAAAGUUUUAAGUUCAAAGAAAUUCUUUCAUUCCAAGGUAAAGCUACCGAUGUAAGACCGGGUCAGAAAUGUGAUAAUUAUAUUGGUAUGUAAGACCGGGUCAGAAAUGUGAUAAUUAUAUUGGUAUGUAAGACCGGGUCAGAAAUGUGAUAAUUGUAUUGGUAUGUAAGACCGGGUCAGAAAUGUGAUAAUUAUAUUGGUAUGUAAGACCGGGUCAGAAAUGUGAUAAUUAUAUUGGUAUGUAAGACCGGGUCAGAAAUGUGAUAACUAUAUUGGUAUGUAAGACCGGGUCAGAAAUGUGAUAAUUAUAUUGGUAUGUAAGACCGGGUCAGAAAUGUGAUAAUUAUAUUGGUAUGUAAGACCGGGUCAGAAAUGUGAUAAUUAUAUUGGUAUGUAAGACCGGGUCAGAAAUGUGAUAAUUAUAUUGGUAUGUAAGACCGGGUCAGAAAUGUGAUAAUUAUAUUGGUAUGUAAGACCGGGUCAGAAAUGUGAUAAUUAUAUUGGUAUGUAAGAGAUAGGCAGCAAUGAGUUACGUAUAUUGGUAUGUGAGACAUAGACUGCAAUGUGAUAAGUAUACUGGUAUGUAAUACAAAGGUAUCAAUGUGAUAAGUUUACUGGUAAGUAAGACAAGGGCUGCAAUGUGAUAAUUAUAUUGAUAUGUAAGACAUGGACAGCAAUGUUAUAAGUAUACUGGUAUAUACGAUAUGGGCAGCGAUUUAAUAAGUAUACUGGUAUGUAAGACAAGGGCAGCGAUGUGAUAAGUAUACUGGUAUGUAAGACAAGGGCAGCGAUGUAAUAAGUAUACUGGUAUGUAAGGCACGGGCAGCAAUGUGGUAAGUAUACUGGUAUGUAAGACAUGGGCAGCGAUGUAGUAAGCAUACUGGUAUGUAAGACAUGGGCAGCGAUGUAAUAAGUAUAUUGGUAUGUAAGGCACGGGCAGCAAUGUGAUAAGUAUACUGAUAUGUAAGGCAUGGGCAGCGAUGUGGAAAGUAUACUGAUAUGUAAGACAUGGGCAGCGAUGUGGUAAGUGCACUGGGAAAUGUCCUGCACUGAACUCCAAACACAUGAGGAAUGAACAUCGUGCUGUAGAUCAAAGACCUUGACGAGACCUUCGCUCCUUUGAUCUUUAAAUCACCAGAGAGUUAAGAUAGUUUUAUGGUGCAGCCCUAACUUUAAACAAUAAUUUCAGUGCUCACGGGAUUGCAAUUUUUGCAUAAAAGUCCCACGUCAUCUCCGCCAGCCAUAAAAAAUCCAAUGCUGUGUAACCCCACAGCGAGGCCACACGUUAACAGCUGCACCACUGGCCCGCCCACAAGAGUCCUUCCUUAUAUAUAAUAUAUAUAUAUAUAUAUAUAUAUAUAUAUAUAUCUAUAUGUAUGUAUAUAUAUAUAUAUAUAUAUAUAUAUAUAUGUAUAUGUAUGUAUAUAUAUAUAUAUAUAUAUAUAUAUAUAUAUACAUAUAUAUAUGUUGUUUUUUUUUGUUGCUAGUCUAAAUGGAAGUAACCCAGAACUAUCCUAACGCUCUCAAUUUGAUUGCGUCCCUUGCUUAGGGUAGACUCCCCUUUAUCUAUAAUUCAAUCAUCAAUCAUGGCUGGAAAAGAUGUCUACGUCGCAUGAAAACCAUUCAGUAAGCCCAAGUCAUGUAAUAGCACAAUCUCACUUUGCCCUUUUCUUAAACACAUCUAUGGUGGAGCGAAUAUAGAAUGAGUGUACGGCUCUUCUUAAGACAUUCAUGGUCAUUGGGGGAAAGUGCUUUAUAUAUAUUUAUAUAUAUAUAUAUAUAUAUAUAUAUAUAUAUAUACAUAUAUAUAUAUCUCUCUCUCUCUCUCUCUCUCUCUCUCUCUCUCUCUCUNAUAUAUAUUUAUAUCUUCAAAAAACUAUUAAAGCAAUGAGGGAGAAAAAGAAGUAGACUUAUCUGAGACUUAACAAAUAUUAGGGGAUGGGAGUGGAUAAAAAGAGGGGUGGGGGAGGGGAGGGGGGCGAACUCAUGAUGAGAACGAGUUGUAUUAAGAAAUAUGCAUUACAUUUUUGGCCUUGGGUAACAACCAAGGGCAACAAUCAUUUCAUGGCUUCGUUCUUAUAAAAUCCUCUUGUGUGAGGCAGCGGGGCGUUGCUUUGAAUCUCCAGUUUUAUUGACUAAAGGAGGCGUGAGGACUUUGGAAUGAGACUUUUCGUCAGUGGGGUCGCACCCGUGAACAUGUUUAGCACCACUGGUGUCAUCGAUGAAGCUAAUAGACGAGAUUUCGAAUGCUUCAGUUGUGAAGUAAUCUCUGAAUUCUCAAAAAUUCAGAAAAUAAUCAAAAGUACCAUAAAAAGAGACAUGGAUGAAUGUGACGAUGGUUAUAAUAUCCUGUAACUUUUCGCAAACUAGUUUUUACACAUGUAUAAAUCAUCAUCGGAGUCAAGUAUAGAAUGAUAAUAUAUAAAAAUAAAUAUUUGGUAAACAUUCCUCAGAUCACACCUAUUAAUUUUAAUACAUUUCCCUCUGAAAUGAUGAACCCACAAUAAACAAACUAUAGGACGCUUGUCACCAAAUAUUUGGGGAUGUCCCGGCCGGCGAAGGACGUUCGUAACAGACAUUAAUUUAGAGGAUUGAAGUGGAUACCUGAUUUCAUUAAAAAGUCAACAAAGUUUAAAUUAGUAAUUCAUAACUUAAUUGACUUAUCAAAAGCUGUAUUUAUCUUUCUCUGUUAAAAGAGGUAAAAACAACAAGGUAUAAUGAUAUUCCAUUUAUAUAUAAAGUUUUAUUAUUGCUGAUAUUGCUAUGGAUUUUUUCUAUAAUUCCGGAAAGAAUUGAAAAUUAAAUAUCGUAGUUGAUGAGAGACUACAUCCUCUUUGUUUCAUUGAGACUAGACCAUCUUUUUUUCAUUGAGACUAGACCCUCUUUGUUUCAUUGAGACUAGACCCUCUUUGUUUCAUUGAGACUAGACCCUCUUUGUUUCAUUGAGACUGAACCGUCUUUGUUUCAUUGAGACUAGACCCUCUUUGUUUCAUUGAGACUAGACCCUCUUUGUUUCAUUGAGACUAGACCCUCUUUGUUUCAUUGAGACUAAACCGUCUUUGUUUCAUUGAGACUAGACCCUCUUUGUUUCAUUGAGACUAGACCCUCUUUGUUUCAUUGCACCUUGUACUUUUCUGCAAACGCAGACUAGACCCUCUUUGCUUCAUUGAGACUAGACCUUCUUUGUUUCAUUGAGACUAGACCUUCUUUGUUUCAUUGAGACUAGACCCUCUUAGUUUCAUUGAGAUUAGACCCUCUUUGUUUCAUUGAGACUAGACCCUCUUUGCUUCAUUGAGACUAGACCCUCUUUGUUUCAUUGCACCUUGUACUUUUCUGCAAAGGCAGACUAGACUCUCUUUGCUUCAUUGAGACUAGACCCUCUUCGUUUCAUUGCACCUUGUACUUUUCUGCAAAGACAGACUAGAUCCUCUUUGCUUCAUUGAGACUAGACCCUCUUCGUUUCAUUGCACCUUGUACUUUUCUGCAAAGGCAGACUAGACUCUCUUUGCUUCAUUGAGACUAGACCCUCUUUGCUUCAUUGAGACUAGAAUCUGUUUCUUCAUUGAGACUAUACCCUCUUUUCUUCAUUGAGACUAUACCCUCUUUUCUUCAUUGAGACUAGACUCUCUUUCUCUUUGUUUCAUUUAGACUAGACACUCUUUGCUUCAUUUAGACUAGAUCCUCUUUGUUUCAUUGAGACUAGACCCUCAUUGCUUCAUUGAUACUAGACCCUCUUUGUUUCAUUGAGACUAGACACUUUUUGCUUCAUUGAGACUAGAACCUGUUUCUUUAUUGAGACUAUACCCUCUUUUCUUCAUGGAGACUAGACUCUCUUUCUCUUUGUUUCAUUUAGACUAGACACUCUUUGCUUUAUUUAGACUAGACCCUCUUUGUUUCAUUGAGACUAGACCCUCUUUGUUUCAUUAAGACAAGGCCCUUUUUGUUUCAUUGACACUAGACCCUCUUUGUUUCAUUGAGACUAGACCCUCUUUGUUUCAUUGAGACUAAACCGUCUUUGUUUCAUUGAGACAGACCCUCUUUGUUUCAUUGAGACUAGACCCUCUUUUUUUCAUUGAGACUAGACAUCUUUGUUUCAUUGAGACUAGACCCUCUUUGUUUCAUUGAGACUAGACCAUCUUUGUUUCAUUGAGACUAGACCCUCUUUGUUUCAUUGAGACUAGACCCUCUUUGUUUCAUUGAGACUAGACCCUCUUUGUUUCAUUGAGACUAAACCGUCUUUGUUUCAUUGAGACUAGACCCUCUUUGUUUCAUUGAGACUAGACCCUCUUUGUUUCAUUGAGACUAGACCCUCUUUGUUUCAUUGCACCUUGUACUUUUCUGCAAACGCAGACUAGACCCUCUUUGCUUCAUUGAGACUAGACCUUCUUUGAUUCAUUGAGACUAGACCUUCUUUGUUUCAUUGAGACUAGACCCUCUUUAUUUCAUUGAGACUAGACCAUCUUUGCUUCAUUGAGACUAGACCCUCUUUGUUUCAUUGCACCUUGUACUUUUCUGCAAACGCAGACUAGACCGUCUUUGUUUCAUUGAGACUAGCCCCUCUUUGUUUCAUUGAGACUAGACCCUCUUUGUUUCAUUAAGACUAGACCCUCUUUAUUUCAUUGAGACUAGACCUUCUUUGUUUCAUUGAGACUAGACCUUCUUUGUUUCAUUGAGACUAGGCCUUCUUUUUUUCAUUGAGACUAGACCCUCUUUGUUUCAUUGAGACUAGACCCUAUUUGUUUCAUUGCACCUUGUACUUUUCUGCAAACGCAGACUAGACCCUCUUUGCUUCUUUGAGACUAGACCCUCUUUGUUUCAUUUAGACUAGACCCUCUUUGUUUCAUUGAGACUAGAUCAUCUUUGUUUCAUUGAGACUAUACCCUCUUUGUUUCAUUGAGACUAGACCCUCUUUGUUUCAUUGAGACUAGACCCUCUUUGCUUCAUUGAGACUAGACCCUCUUUGUUUCAUUGCACCUUGUACUUUUCUGCAAAGGCAGACUAGACUAUCUUUGCUUCAUUGAGACUAGACCCUCUUCGUUUCAUUGCAUCUUGUACUUUUCUGCAAAGACAGACUAGACACUCUUUGCUUCAUUGAGACUAGACCCUCUUUGUUUCAUUGAGACUAGGAUCUGUUUCUUCAUUGAGACUAUACCCUCUUUUCUUCAUUGAGACUAUACCCUCUUUUCUUCAUUGAGACUAGACCCUCUUUGUUUCAUUGAGACUAGACCCUCUUUGUUUCAUUGAGACUAGACCCUCUUUGUUUCAUUGAGACUAGACCCUCUUUGUUUCAUUGAGACUAAACCCUCUUUGUUUCAUUGAUACUAAACCGUCUUUGUUUCAUUGAGACUAGACCCUCUUUGUUUCAUUUAGACUAGACCCUCUUUGUUUCAUUGAGACUAGACCCUCUUUGUUUCAUUGAGACUAAACCGUCUUUGUUUCAUUGAGACUAGACCUUCUUUGUUUCAUUGAGACUAGACCCUCUUUGUUUCAUUGAGACUAAACCCUCUUUGUUUCAUUGAGAUGAGACUAAACCGUCUUUGUUUCAUUGAGACUAGACCCUCUUUGUUUCAUUGAGACUAAACCGUCUUUGUUUCAUUGAGACUAAACCGUCUUUGUUUCAUUGCACUUUGUACUUUUCUGCAAACGCAUUAGAAGAUUUCCAUGUCAAUUUUAUGUCCUUGGAUGUCAAUAUUAUGUCAUUGGAGCCGUUAAAAUUACAAACAGAAAGCAUACAGCGUCCCUUCAAGGCUUGGUUUGUACAGCACCAGGUUUUGUACACACAGAAAAACAGAGCUAUUUAAUGAUGGCUUUACUCGAGAGCUUUCCGAUAUUUUGUUGAUUGAUCUUCAUCGGGUGACAUUCCACAGUAGAGAAAUGGUCUUAAAGAGAAAAGUGCACUAGAUAGGAGAUAUGUAUAGAUCUUAAAGAGAAAUUGCACUGGAUAUGAUGUAUGUAUGUGUCUUAAAAAGAAAAGUGCACUGGAUAGGACACAAAUAUAGGUCUUAAUUAGAAAGGUGCACUGGCUAAUACAUAUGUAUAGGUCUUAAAGAGAAAAAUGCACUGAAUAAGACAUAUGUUGUGUAGGUCUUAAAAAGGAAAGUGCACAGGAUAUGACAUAUGUAUAGUAUUAAAAAGAAAAGUGAACUGGAUAUGACACAAGUAUAGGUCUUAAAGAGAAAAGUGCACUGGAUAUGACAUAUGCAUAGGUCUUAAAAGAAAAUUGCACUAGACAUGACAUAUGUAUAGGUCUUAAAGAGAAAAGUGCACUGGAUAUGAUAUGUAUAGGUCUUAAAAAGAAAAGUGCACUGGAUAUGUGUUACGCACUGUUAUCUGUAUAGAGAAAUUAAUCUCCUAUUUACAUGUAUGGCUCAUUCCAAGACCUUGCAUAACAAGACGAUACCAAUGAUAAAACAAUAGGAGAGAAUACGACACUCAAAACAGGGCUAACUACAAUUAAUACGUUUUAUUAAGUUACUAAUACUAAUAGUUACAAAAUAAAAGAAAUAUAAUUAAAAUCAUUAACUUACAAAAACUUACAGAGUAAUGUGUUUCUUGUACCGAUACAAAAGUGGAUGAAAAUUACAAUGUGCCAAACAAAGGUACAACGAUGAAAAGAAUUCACACAUAUAAGUAAACACAGCUCUAUCAAGAACAACAGUCUAAAACUAAUGCUAGCCUGACGUCCAGUAUUGUAAAAAUCUUAUCCUCCUAAAAAUAAAGCUUGCUCUGCUUUUUGUAGUCUGUUCUACAGAAAAUUCCAGGCGUAUUAGGCAUUGUAUUAGUGACUCGAAAAUUCUACUAUUUACUACCAUUUUCUACCACAUUGGAGUCAAGAAAACAGGUGAUAGAUUGGUUUGUGGUAAACAAGAUAAAAGGGAAUAAGCCACGCCCAGUACUAACGCAGCGUCUGCUAGAGUUCACAGCACGGGGGAAAUAUGACGUAAACACGUCGGCUACAUAACAAUAUGACACAAGUAUAUGUCUUAAAGAGAAAAGUGCACUGGUUAUGAAAAAUGUAUUGGCGUUUUAGAGGAAAUUGCACUGGAUAUUACAAAGGUGCUUUAGAGGAGAAUGCACCGGAUAUGACCACAUGCAUUGGUCUUAAAUAGAAAAAUAAAAAAUGUUCAUUUAUCCGUUUAAAAGAUAUCCAUUGAUACUAAAUCAUUCAUGAAAACAAUUGAAAAUCCAAGAUGGUUCAAUGGAUAUUUGGUCUUAUACUUCUAACUCUGGUUGAACAGAAUUUUAAAGAACUAAUACUUGCUACGUACCAAGUGUGAAGGUAGCGAUCAAGGUUAUAAGACUUAUCGCUUUACCAACUGUGAAAAUAUGGUCAGUGAAAUUUGGCAUCUGUAGAAAGAACCGAACACAGCAUCCAUCUAAACAGAUUGCUUCAAUUAAAGUGCAUUUUUAAACAAAUACUCUUAUUUUCAUCUUAAUGCAAAAUGUUUUUUUGUUAAAGAAAUCUUCCUUUUCCUUGUUAAUAUUAGUGUAGUUUUUGUUCACUCCAAACUAAUUAUACCUCUGGGGAGAAAAAAAACAAGGGGGUAGAUGUUUGGGAGAAAGGGGAGGAAGGGAUUCAAUUUUUUAAAUUGUAAUUACUGAAAUUACCUGGGUUAAUCAACAUACAACGGGGAAAAAAAAUCAAUUUGAAAAAUAAUAAAUUAAAACACUAAAUGCAUAUUUGUAUCGUUUUAGAAAUGGUCAAAAAUGUAUUUCAAUUUUUUUUAAAAUAAAAUGAAACAAAAGUUUUGAUUAAAGUUGUGCAAACAUUGUGGUGAAAAAACAAUUUAAAUGAUGGAAUAUUUUGUGCAGUGUUUAUAACAUACUGAUUUUGUUAUAAGAGACACCUGGGAAAAUAAUGUUUUAUUUAUUAUAUAUAUAUAUCAGUAAAUGAAUACGCUGAUUUUAACGUUUGAUUUCUUAAUGCUCUUUAUUUCUUUUUUUUUUUUCAGUUCUGAUCUUAGCUUCUUAUUCUGUAUAUAUUUUCAGCGCUUUUGUAAAUCAACUUAUCAUAUUUACUUUCAGAGUAGUAAAUCAACUUAAUAUGUGUAAAUUCUGUGCUGGUGUAAAUCAACUUAUUCUGUGUACUUUCCGUGCUGAUGUAAAUCAAUUUAUCCUGUGUACUUUCCGUGCUGAUGUAAAUCAAUUUAUCCUGUGUACUUUCAGUGCUGAUGUAAAUCAACUUAUCCUGUGUACUUUCAGUGCUGAUGUAAAUCAACUUAUCCUGUGUACUUUCCGUGCUGAUGUAAAUCAAUUUAUCCUGUGUACUUUCAGUGCUGAUGUAAAUCAACUUAUCCUGUGUACUUUCAGUGCUGAUAUAAAUCAAUUUAUCCUGUGUACUUUCAGUGCUGAUGUAAAUAACUUAUCCUGUGUACUUUCCGUGCUGAUGUAAAUCAACUUAUCCUGUGUACUUUCAGUGCUGAUGUAAAUCAAUUAAUCAUGUGUACUUUCAGUGCUGAUGUAAAUCAACUUAUCCUGUGUACUUUCAGUGCUGAUGUAAAUCAACUUAUCCUGUGUACUUUCAGUGCUGAUGUAAAUCAACUUAUCCUGUGUACUUUCAGUGCUGAUGUAAAUCAAUUUAUCCUGUGUACUUUCCGUGCUGAUGUAAAUCAACUUAUCCUGUGUACUUUCCGUGCUGUUGUAAAUCAACUUAUCCUGUGUACUUUCAGUGCUGAUGUGUCCGCCUUUGUAUCAUCAAUCUCCUCCAACCUGAUCGUGACGAAUGAUGGGAAUGUCACGUGGUUUUCCAUGGUCAUCUUCAAGAGCUCGUGCUCCAUCAAUGUCCGCUACUUCCCAUUCGACGCCCAGAACUGUUCCAUGCAAUUUGCUUCAUGGUCCUAUGACGGAUUUCAGGUAAACAUAACCUUUGACACUUAACCUCAGCACAGUUUCCCACAGCUCUGCAUUUCAUUCCUUUAUAACCAAAUCACUUUUAACUUAAUAAUCUCAUUUAUGAUGAUUUUGUUCCCAUUUUAAUCAUCACCCCCUUUCAUAAUGAAGCUAAAAGAUUUCGAUAUUUGACUGUUAAUGGUACCUUUAUUCUUGGAGUGGUGGUCCGAUUAGAUUGAAUGUACGGAACGAUGUCGUGGGAAACUGACGAAGGAUUUAAGGAAUCCAACUAUAUUUUGUAAAUUCUGUAUUGAUUUAUCUUCCCUUCAUCUCUAUUCAACCCCUUCUCCCUCCUCUCCCUUUCUCUCCCCCGCAUCUCCCCCUCUUCCACCUCUCACCCCUUUCUCUCCCUCAUCUCGCCGCUUCUCCCCGCCUCUCCCUGCCUUGCCCUCCGCCUCUCACUUUCCUACAAGGCUCCCCUUCUCCAUGACUCUCUUUGCCUCUCCUCGCCUCUCCACCCUGUCGCCUCACUCCAUGUCACUCUUCGCCUCUCCCUGCAUCUCCCCCCGCUCCCCGCCUCUCCCCCUCACUUCACGCCUCUCUUCGCAUCUCCCUACCUCUCCCUGACUCUCCUUGCCUCUCCCUGUUCCCCACCUCUACCCGCCUCAAAACGUAUUGCCUUUAAAGAAAUUCCUUGUACCUGGGGUUUAAGUUAAGGGAGAAUAUUUUGUUUGUUCAUCUAUAGUCUUAACAGAAAUCUAUCUCUAAAUCUUUAAAACUUUAAAAUUUAUGAUAGAACACGCAAUGAACUCACAACUCAUUGCAUUAAAAACGAUCACAAUUCCUCCGACGCCCUACUAAAAAGAAUACUUUUUAAGAAGGGAGAGGGACUCUCACUAUUAAACAGUAUAAAAAAUAAUCGAUAUUUCUUAGUUCUCAAACCAUGUAUCUAAGAUUAAAAUCACCGAAUGAUGAAAACACAUGUAUCUUCUAAUAACGUUCGAUCAUUGUGUUGAAAUCGAUGUCAUUGUUUAUUUAAACAGUAAAAAAAAAAAAAAAUUGGCGAUAUCUCCAUGUUGAUUUGUCUGUUGAAUAGUAUGAUUGAUGACGUAGCAGGGUUUGAUGACGUAGAAUUUGUGUGUUUUUCGUGUGCGUACUGUUAAAAAAGAAAAAACAAGGGGAAUCGGAAUAAACACAUUACAUUUGGCUCUGUAUGCGAGGUGCUGUCAGUUUCAGAUGUGUACACGAGGUAAAAGUUCGACAACUUCUGUAAAAUUGCAUUGGCCGUGUCUUUUGAUGAAGAGCCUGUCCCCCAAAGAGAGCUCGGUUCUUUUUAAAACCAUGCAAUUGUUUCCUUUAAACAUGUAUUAUUCCUAACAAAAUUUGAAUAUAUUUACUCCUAACUUUGUUUGACUUAAGACCCGAUUAGUACUUUAUUUUCUUUAUAUGAAGGGGUGACUUUUUCGCCUAACUCCAGGGCGAGGGGGGGGUCGUGAUUGGGGCGACAAAAAGUUUGACCCGAAGGGCGUGUUCAGGUGGAGGGGGCACCAACCCUAAUUACGUCACUGAUCAAUAACUAUUACAGAAUCAAUAUUUUGUUUAGCUUCCCUUCUUCUUCAUAUCACAUUGACUCAUUUGCUGCACGUAAAAUUUCAAAAAUUUUCAUGCAUUAAUUCACUUAGACUGGCUUUUAGUUGUUUUUUUUUAAUUUCAAUGCUAGCCAUUGACAGAUCAGAAAGAUUUUUCUUCACUGUCCAAAUGUUAAGGCACCAAAAAAUACGCAGAUAGAAAUAUUUGUGAACCCUUGCUAAGGAUUAAAAUUUCUUUUCUUUUUGCUAUAUUUCAUUUGUCUAAGAGCUGCUCUUUCAAUGCCUCGACUAAACUCGGAAUAUUAAACAAUACAUUCUCCCUGAAUCUAUCACCACCGAUCCUCUUCAAUGUAGUACUUUAUUCAUUUACAGCCAGACUAAUAUUUUACACAACACAAGUUUUUCUUGGACAAGACAACUUGCCUCUAUUUUUUUCAAGUCACCAUACAGUUGUGUUAGCAUGACUAACUGUUACAGAUAAAUUCUUAUAUCGCGUGUAAUGAACAUUUUAUUAUGUUAUAGAUUAAUUCCUCACUCUGAAUUUUGUUCAAUUAGUACUUAAUGCUUCAACGUUAUUUUUUUUUUUUCAAAUUUAAUUCAGUCUUAAUAAGUUAAAUCCGUGUUCAGUAGGUUUUCUAACUCAAGCUCAACUGCAUGUGACGCAAUAAUUGCUGCUUCAUUCUGCUAACUAAUAUUACAGUGACAUUGGCAUACCUUUAUAUUAUUUUAUAGUCUUGAGAAUCAAUCGGUUAUGAUAAGACUAUCAAACUAGUAGCCAGUGUAAUUCAAUUAGUCAAAUGUGUUUAAAAUUGUGAGGCAAUAUUAGGUUUUUCUAAGGUCUGGCUAAUAAGCCUGAAGAGCUGGGAGAAAAAAAAAGACUCCUGGAUAAAGAAUUGGUUAGUCAAGAAGUUAUUUAAAAUCUGGCUACCGUGAACCACUUGAAACGACCCUGACAUUGAAAGAGGAUUUCAGAGCAUUAUACAUCGGCAGAGUUAUCCGAUUCAAUGGUAGAAGCAAUAGGUCACAUGGAUAUAAAUAUUUGGACGUGUAUAUAAAUUAAGAUAAAUACAAUCACAUCUAUAACAAUGUAAUUAACCAUUCGGACAUAUUGUCCAUAUCAUGGAUACAUUUAUGAAUUGGAUAUGAAAAUGUCAAUGACACUUUAAUUAGUUGACCCAUUGGACGUACUGUCUACACCAUGGAUACUUUUGUUAAUGGGUUAUGAAGAUGUCAAUGAAGCUGUAAUUAGCUAACCAAUUUUACAUACUGACCAUACCAUAAAUGCAUUUAUGAAUUGGAUAUGAAGAUGUCAAUGACACUAGUUUAUUCAUUCGACAUACUGUCUAUACCAAGGAUACAUUUAUGAUUAGUUUGUGAAGAUGUCAAUAAAACUGUAACUACACCAAGCCUAUGAAGCAUCCGUGAGUCCCAAUUUAUAAAUCCUCAGGUCAACCUGCUGAUGAACACCGAGAAAGGGGACACAAGCAACUACGUCCCCAACAGCGAGUGGGAGUUGAUUCGCUUCAUGGUGGACAGGAACGUGCGCUACUUCUCAUGUUGUGAGGAGCCAUACCCAGAGAUACAUUUCUAUAUUGUUAUAAGGGUAAGUCAGACAUCGUCUUUUCUAUUUUACAAGGGUGAGUCAGAUAUCAUCUCUUACACUUUACAUGAGUAGUUCAAAGUUAGACAUCAUACAUGCAUGGGUAAGUUAUACACACAUUUCUAUGUUGCAUGCGGUUAAGUCACUAAUGAAGUAUUAAAUUUUCUUUGAGAAAGAUUUCUUAAGCCAAGUCCAACAACAAUUUAAAUUAUUAAUGGUUAAGUUAAUAAGACAUUUUUGAAACAAUAAAGAAUUGUAUUUUUUUCCUCAGUUUGUUUAAUUUCCCCAUGUAGAAUAAUGAAGCUACGUAUGAAAGGGGGAGAAGACCUAUUGCACGGUUCACCUCGCAGUUUUAUCACGUGUUCAACACUGGCAGACAAUCUGGAGAAGCUAAAAAUGUUUCGGUACAACUAAUAUCAGUUACAGAACUCGGGCUAACAUCUCCUCUCCAUUUUUUUUUUAAAAACAAUAAUAAUCUACACUAUGUUCAACAUAGGGUCUUUUUCUGUUCAACAGCGGCGGCCCUUGUUUUAUAUUUUCAACAUGAUACUUCCGUGCAUCCUCAUCACCCUGGUGGCCCUGCUAGGGUUCUACAUCCCGUCCGACAGUGGUGAGAAGGUGACCAUGGGAAUCACCACUCUGCUGUCGAUGACCGUUUUCAUGAUGCUGGUCACUGAGAACAUGCCACCAACGUCAGAUGUGCUGCCUCUCAUAGGUCAGUCACUGCUAGCUGUUUAGGACUCGCUUCAUUGCUCGACAUCUGACAUUGCACGUCUCACUUCAUUACUUGACGUGUGCCUUUUUAUGUAUCACUUCAUUACGUGACAUUUGAAAUUGUAUAUUUUACUUCAUAACUUGACAUCUGAAAUAUUUUAAGUCUCCUCUUUACUUGACAUCAAACUUCAGUCGUAGGCAUAUGACAUUUUAAGACUCACUACAUUGCUCGACGUCUCCCCAUGUUACAUUAAUUAACAUAGGACUUCAUUACUGGGCAUAUCUGACAUAUGUCUAGAUUCUUGCGUCUAGAUCUUUGUAUCUAGAUCUUAGAACAGAAAGGCUUCUUAGAAAUAGAUUUAUUUGGCUUUGCUGGAACAUAAUUUCCAGCGCCAGAUUUUUAGUUUUUGUAAUUUGAACAACAUAUUAUUUUAUCACCGGUGUUUGCUGCAAUUGGGGGUAAGAAGGCUAUUCUGAACGGGAGUCAUAAAAUUCAACAAAAUAUACAGUCGAGGUAGUAUCUUGGUAGCAGUACUUAUCAGAAUAAUGUAAAACAAAUUUAAUUAUCAGUUCUUUAGGGAGUGAGACAUUUCUUUUUAGUAUUUUUUUUAUUUUUUAUUAUGUAACGCUUUUUGAAACACAUAUUAUGUCUUCAAUUUAUUUUACAAUUUUAGGUUUAAGAUAUUCAAAGUAUUUAUUUUUCCAAGUAUAUGUAACUGUAUUCAUGAUGUUACCCUAUCAUUUACUUCCUUCAACAUUCAAGACAUUACUGUAUCAUGUACUUCCUACAACACUCAUGACAUUACUGUAUCAUGUACUUCCUACAACACUCAUGACAUUACUGUAUCAUGUAAUUCCUACAAAACUCAUGACAUUACUGUAUCAUGUACUUCCUACAACAUUCAAGACGCAAUCGUUCCUCAGGUAUCUAUUACGGGAUGACUAUAUUCAUUGUCUCAUUCGCCACGGCCAUGACAGUCUUCACGCUAAACAUCCACCACAAAGGCACAAGUGGAAAGCCAGUUCCUAACAUCAUAAAAAGAAUCUGCUUUGACCUCCUAGCCAAGAUGUUCUGCAUGAAAGUGGACACUUGGGAGGACCCCCCGCCCGACCUGGUUAGAAUUCCAACGACCAUUUAGAGCUGCUUCCUUGAUAUAAACAUGUAUACAUUUCCCGAAAAAUGGUAACAGCACGUCUGACAAAUGGACAACGUGAUUUAAAUAGAACGUUUCAGAAACUAGCACUUAGACAUUUACAAACAAAACUCAGGGGGAAAAAACGUAAAUGACUCGAAGUGCUCUAAAUGGUCAUUUUUUUGUUCUUUUGUUUUUUUCUUUGUUUUUUUUUUGUUUGCAAACUGUGGAAUGAUUUCCAUAUUUGAAUGUCUCAAUGUCCUAGCUCAAGGUAACGACAGUAUGAGUUUUAAGGUAAAAAGAUUACGCGGUUGACGCACUGAUCUGUGUUCCAGAGAUGUUUGGCAUUGAUUGAAGUGUGAUGCUUGCUGGCUGUCACAGUCAACUCUAUGUACCUAUGUUAUUAAAUGUUUCAUAAUUUUUCUGUUUAAAAAAAAUGCCGUUUCAGUUUUGCAUCAAAGUGCAUGGAUUUUGCCAUACAAAGAUAUCUCAAGGCAUUGAUGUGUAGAUUAUAUAUUUGAUUUCUUAAAUUUCUCUUUUUCAACUGAUUUUCCAGAGAGCGAUGCAUGGCGCAAAGGCCUAUUUGCUUAUAAUUUCUUAAGGCAGAUAUAUAUGUUUUUUAUAGACAAUAUUAUAGAGUUAUACAAUUGACAUAACAUCCAAAGUUAUUAUGGCACACAAUAAGAAUCUAAUACCCACUAUCUUAACAUAAAAGCAUACGCGAAACACGUUUACGUGAAGUAUUCCUUCAAUCCUUUAGGACGUAACAUCAGAUAGUUUCUAACAUUUGCCAUCAAACGUACUACUCUCGAUCAAAUCGUUAAAAAAAUCAAACUAUGCCUAUAAUUAAUUCUAAAAGCCAUCAUGUAUUAACACAUGCUAAAAGUCUUUAUUGGCAAACAUUUUCCUAAGCUGUAUUUAAAAAUAUCUCGCUUUUUUGCCUUUUAUUUCAUCGUCCAAAUACAUUUAUAUGUGUUUUUUAUUUAUCAACAUUAGAGAUGCCAUUCACGUGUAAGAUAAUUAAUUUAAUUUUAACGUAAACGAGUUGAGGUUAAAGUUAUGUGAUACCACAUUCGCUGAAAUGGAACAUGUAUUUUACUGUUAUUGAUGUGCGACUAUUUCAGUCUUGAACUCUAGACAAGCUGCACUUACCGAAUUGUAGUUCAGUUAAAAGUUUAAAUGUAUUCAUAGGGUUUUAAUUAAUAAUAAGUUGAACUUUUCCUUUAAUUCUCUUCUUUGGUUCCAGCGAAGAAAACGUAAACUUCACAAGGUCGGUCAACCACACGAAUUGCAAUUACGUGACAUUUGGAUUAUAUCCCAAUAUCCAUUUAUCAGGAUUUUUUCCCCAAUCAAAACCGAACCUACGGACACUUCCUCUCCCAUCUUGAGGUCAUCGAAACUCAAAAAUAAAGCAUGAGCAUGAACACAGAUCACAACUCAAUUAGAGAUAAAAUCUUGAUCAGCUUUGGGAUAAUUAUUAUGAUUCUAAAAAAAAUGAUUUUUGUCUUGUUUCUUUAUUCCCUUGUUUUCUGGAUUCAUCCAGUUUGCUCUUCGCCCCACCACUGACGUGGAACAAGGACGAACUGUUUUCCUGUGUUUAUAAGUUCUCAUUUUGUUAUAAUUUCCUUUCAGUUCACGCCUGAUUGCAAUGGUGUGCCCGGCGGAUCGUCCAAUUAUAUCCGUUACAAAGUCGCAAAUCAAGAAGACACUGAUCAACUCAAUUUGGUAUGUCCCUCGCCGGUCCCUCGUCACUGAUAGCAUAGGCCCCUUGUCACUUGCAGCCUCUACCCUGAAAGGAAAAGGGGGGAAGCUAAAUGACAACACUAGCAAUACGUACAAAGAUAUAAACACACCAGUGGUGUAGCUAGGGAUUUGGGGGCCGGGGGGGGGGGGGUUUUUGGCCUCUUUUUGGGUCCCUGCAUUUUGAUUCGACAUUAUCUAAUGUAAGAAAAAAAUUCAGACACGCCUUUAGGGGCCCAACUCAAGUAGGGGCCCGGAGGGACUUUCGACUUUGUACCCCCUCCUCCCUUUCCCCUAGCUACACCACUGAAACACACUAUGUAUUUUAACUUGGUGCCUAGAUUUUCAGUUUAUUAUAGGAUCAAUUUUGUUGGAUGAGAUUAUGUUAAAAAGUUCCCGAAACCCCAUAAUUAUAAACUCAUGCACCAUAUGAAUGUUUAGCAGACGUCAUAAUUUAUAAUUCUAUGAACGUAAUCAGCUUUACUGAAUCUAAAUCCUGGGUACUAGUUUUUUCCUGUUUCGCAAUGGCUUAACUUUUUUUUUUUUUUUUUUUUUACGAGGCAUAUUUUAACUACCUUUUAUAUAUAAUUAAUGUCCUUUAUAAUUAAAAGUUUUUUUCUCCUGGGUAUUUGUUUUUUCCUUUUUCGCAAUGGCUUAACUUUUUUUUUUUUUUUUUUACGAGGCAUAUUUUAACUACCUUUGAUAUAUAAUUAAUGUCCUUUAUAAUUAAAAGUUCUUUUCUCACAAAUAAAAUAUUUAUAAUCCCAGAAUCGUCUAGCUUUAAGGCUCGUAUGCAAUCCUUCACAAAUCCGCGUGGUGAACAUUGCACCUUUUCAUUAAAAAUGCAUCAAAGCUAAUCUAAUGUGUAUCUUAUGUGCGCGCGCACGCACUUCCGCUAUGGAUUUUACAUCCUAUUACUCCGGGUGAACCUCGGCCUCCUGGUCACCGAAUAACUAACACACACUGCAACAUGUCUGCAUUAACAUGGACAGCUCAAUUAACCAGCUCAUAAUAAUAAUCACAACUACAUCAGUUAAUUACAAACUGGACUUCAUUUUUCUUUGAAUAACUUAAAGCAUUCGACACCCAAAAAUUAAACCAGGUGAGUUCCGAGCCGCGCCCCCUAGAGACGGCAGGUGGAGUAGUGAGUACGACAUCGACCAUGACAUGCUGGCAUGCGGUUAUUCAAAUCGGCUGAUUUAUAUUUUUUUUAUUUUUAAAGAAGAAAAAAGAUGAAAACAUCUCCUUUAUGCUAUUUGGUGUUUAUGGCAUAUAAUAGCGCUCUGUGCAUUUAGACUUCAGUUUGCAUGUGUAUCUGUUCAUGCUUAAUAACUGCAUCAAAAGGAGAGAGCAGAUAGAAGGAAAGUAAGACAAACACAUCUUUGGAAUAAGACGUGUCAAAGUUGUUUUGAAAAAAAAAAUAUAUACAAAUUUUCCAAAUAAUGUCUAAGCCAAACUUCUAAUCACCAGUAGAUUUCUUUUAGAAAUAUGUUAAUUAAUUUUACUUAAAUAAAAAAUAACUCAACAAUUCAUGACCCCUCCAAAUCAUUUUAACUUCCCUGACUCAUUUGUUAAAAAAUAUAAUUAAAAUUUAAUAAAUGCAGUAGAAGUAGAAAGUAAGUUUAAAAAAUGGAAGAUUCCUUUUUUUUAUUUUUAUACGCGACAUUUGCGCUCAUGGAAUAAUCAUUUUCAAAUCACCUACCCUCUUCCCAUCUUAUAACUGUUUCAUACGUCAUCGUUGCUUUUUUUUCAGGAAUUGAAGCCAGUUAAUGACAUGACGCAUGUCAGCCGAGUUGACAUCCCGACGUUGGACGGUGACACCUACCAGGGCAACGGGGCGAUACCCAGGGCGUUCCCCGGGUUCCGGAGGUCAAACGGCACAACGUCCUCCACGGACCAGGUGGGCACGGAAUGCCCCCCGUUCGAGGCGUACUUCUCCAGGGUCCUCCAGCGGGUGUAUCAGACGUUAGAACGCAACGACAUCCGCCUGGCCGAGCACGACCAGAAGGAGGGCAUGAAACUGGAAUGGCAGCAGGUGGCCCAAAUCACGGAUCGUCUGCUGCUCAUCUGCUUCGUGUGUGUAACGUUGACCAUCACAGGCGUCGUGCUGCUGGCCUCCCCGGCGUCUGUCAAUGUAUGA